UCACUCUAUGAUAUCACAAGGGAAACUCUCUCUUAAAUGUAGCUGCAGACAGUUUUCUCUGACCUGUUCCACAGUUCAAUCGCGACAGAUCACCCUUCAGAGCUUGUUAGAUAUCGAUUCCAAAGAAGUGAGAAUUUACCAGUCAUGAAGCAACAGCAGACUGCAUUUGAACAUGAAGCUUUUCCAGCUAAGCUUUCAUGGGUCGACAUGGUAGACUUCAACAUCCAAGUCGACUACGACGCUGUCGUUUUUCUUGUUGAAGAUGACGACAGCCCCAUUGAGCCGGAAGAUCAAUCAGAGAUCCAGGGGGAAUCAAGUCCUUCCGGCGACUUUGAGAGUCCAACAUCUUUGAAAGUCAAGCAGAAAACAACACCCUCUGCUGGCUUUGAGAUGACCCCCUCAGUGGAAGGCGUGGAAGAGACAAACCAACACGUCCAAGAUCUGACAAAGCAGGUAGACGAUCUUAAAACAGAGUUGCAGAAUCAGAUUUUUGAACUCCAUAAGGAAAGAGACCGAAGGGUUGCAUGUCAGGCUGAAGUCAAAUUCCAGCAGGAGGAGAUUCAAAGACUGCAAACAAUGUUGGAUAAAGAACGUCACCAGCAAAAGAUUAAAGAUGUGUCAAAGGUUUCUUGCUCUUCCAAAGUUACAGUUGACAAGAGCGUUCUUCAACAGCUGGAGUACUUCAAGCUGGAGGCUGCAAAAUACGCCUCCCGCAAUAAUGGUCUAAUUGAAGUAAUGGUUGAAGAAUACAAAGUGAGACUUAAAUAUGAGGAGCAGCUCAAAAGUCACUCUGAGCAAACUUCCAAAUUUAAGGCUCAGGAGGAAACGGUGAAAACUCUGCAGGGUCAAGUUGCAGACCUUAAGAUGGAGUUGAAACUUGCUCUGGAAAAGAUCCAUCCUAGAGUCUCCACCCAACCAGAGACCCCCCUGCUGACAGAGGAGCCCAAGCAAAGGCAGACCUUCAAUCAACAAGGGGUCUCCAUGCAUAGCCUGACUCGGCCUUUGCACCGACCCACAUCCAGCUUGCAAACAGAAGGCUCCCUACAAAUGGAGGAGACAAAUUUUUAUUCGUCUCCUCCAUGAAUUAUGGGAUAUCAUGGGCAGACCUCCAAUCAACCGGGGAGGUCAGAGGAAAGAAGGACCUUCACUCAACCGGGGAGCUCCGAGGAAAGACGGACCUUCACUCAACCGGGGAGGUCCGAGGACAGACGGACCUCCACUCAACCGGGGAGGUCUGACGAAAGACAGACGUCUAUGCGACCAACCUCAACUGGUUGCAUGGAGGGCCUUCAUGUUGGCAUUGGGAUGAAGACCAAUCUAAGCCCGGCUCGGCCUUUACACCGACCCACACCCAGGUCCUUCAAAGAGUUGUUGACGCUGAUGGCUGUGAGCAGGAAGGACCUCCUGUAGCAGUCUGUUACAGCCUCUGACUGAAGACACUUUUUCAGAUGAAGAGGUCACUCAGAGUUGGUGACAACUUGAAAGUAAGAUAGAAAUGUCGCCUGGCUGAAGGUGUCAGACCUCAAAGAAGAAGCCCAGGAGGAUCAGAUAAAAAGUUUUUGUGAACUCGGAUCUAUUCAGAUUCUGAGGAAAAGUCACAGAUCCAGAGAAUUUCCCCCAUGACCAGCAGCCACAGCCUCACACAUGUUCUCCACCUUCACCAUCUCAUCCACCAGCUGCUCUCUGUUCACCUGUAACUGUUUAGUCCAACCAGUAACUCCACUAACCGACUCCCUUCAACUGGAAAUUCCUCUAUCAGACUGAAGCAUUCUGUGUAACGUCUUCAAAGCCUUAAGGAGGUGAAGGAGACGGGCUGGGAAACCCCGGGAUGCUGCGAGCCGUUCUGACCCGUCUGACAGUCACUGGUUCUGCUGAAGAGAUGGACUCACUGGAUGAGCUCGGCCUUCCAGCCUCGACUGCAGAGAAAUUAGAAGUCCUGAACCAAAAACUGGAAUCAGGAGCUGUUUAGAAAUAAAUACUGGAUCUCCGAGGGACCUGAUCUGCUGCCUGCAGCAUUUUAUCCAAAAUCCUCUCAAACCACCAAGCAGAGCAGCAGAGAUCUAUUCAGACUGGGUGGAGAGAGAAGAGAAGUCUUUCUGGUCGCCAGCUCUUGAUGACUGAAAUAUUUAGGGCUAUACCAAAGAACCAAGGGUCGGAUACAGAACACCAAAACAGUUUUAAGAAGGCUCAAGGUUGUCUGGUUUUUUUUUUUUGGUUUUUUUUUUAUUAUUAUUAUUUUGUGCAUGUGUCAACGCUCAUAUAAUCAGUUCUGGUGUAAAUAUUUCUUUUAAAAUUAUAUUUUUAAGCACUGGAUGGUUCUUAAAUGCUGACUUUGCUUUGAUUUUUUUAUUAUUGUGAAUGUCUUAUAAAAACUCAUUGUAUUAAAAUGUA